AGCCCCCCCAAGGUGAAAGGGUGCCAUUGAGGGACCCUGCAAACGGAGACGUCUGCUACCCAACAACACUCAAUGUGACUGCCAGAGGGAGAUAUGCCAUCUGGAUGACUACACUGUCUGCCUGUCUGCCUGUCUGUCGGAUAUACACACUAGUCUAGUGCACCCUGUUGAUCUCUAAUUUUCUCUCCAUUUUUAUUGCUCCCCCCUCUCUCUCUCCCUCUCCAGACUUCCCAUCUGAAUGUGAUUUAAGUUCAGGCUUUGGGGAGGCAGGUCCGCUGGGGGAGGCAUAGGAGGAAAUUGAGAGGAAGUGCACACAAUUUGUUUUAUAGGACUGGCGCUUGCACCGUGUCUGGAGCUCGGACCAGUGGAAAAGUUAAACCAACGGGUGCUGCAGAGCGAGGGAGAGAGAGAGCUGCCUGUGUCGCAGAGAGACUUCACUACAGACAGGACAGGAAGAGACAGAGAGUGAGAGGGAGCAGUGCUCCACUGGACUUAUACACAGACAUGUCUGCUACUAGAGCUCUGCCCUGCCUCUGCCUUCUACUCUCCAUCGUCCUCUCAGGGAUCGUCUGCCCAGCGACUUCCAUUGGUUUACAUUGGGAACAGCAGUCGGUGAUGAAAGUGUGUGCAAAAGGAUAUUUCCUCAGUAACCAGAAAAAAUGCCUACCAUGUAACUGCAAAGCCCAUUCAGAAACUUGUGAAGAUAUCACAGGUGUUUGUAUAUCAUGUCAGGACCACACCACUGGGGAUUUCUGUGAAAUAUGUGAGGAUGGAUACAUGCCUGACGUCUCCACAUAUGGACGACACUCCUGCCGGCCGUGCGCCUGUCCCCUCUCUAGCCCCUCCAACAACUUCGCAGAGCAUUGUGACAGAAGCAGUAACAUCCUACGAUGCAAGUGCCUAGAGGGCUAUGCUGGACAUUACUGUGAGAGAUGUGCUCCAGGUUUCUACGGCAACCCCAUGGUGAUCGGUGACUCCUGUAAGAGUUGUGACUGUAACGGUAACUCAGACCCCAACCACAUCUUCAAUGAGUGCCACAACGUGACCGGCUUCUGUCAGAAUUGCUGGGGGGACACGGCCGGAGCCAACUGUGAACGGUGUGCCCCGGGUUUCUACGGCGACGCCAUCAGUGCCAAGAACUGCAGAGCGUGCGAGUGCAGUAAGUGUGGAACAGCUUCGUGUGAUGACAGGACAGGGACGUGUCACUGUAAGCCUGGUGUCACCGGCCAACUCUGUGACCAAUGUGAGGAGGGCCACACAGGUUUCAAUAACUGUCAGGGCUGCCAGAGGUGUGACUGUGGACCUGCCGGUCUCCGGCCCACCUGUCAUCCUCUGACCCACAGCUGCCAGUGCCAACCAGGGGCCGGAGGCCGAUACUGCGAGCGUUGCCUCCCAGACCACUGGAACUACGGCCCCUCAGGGUGUCAAAAAUGUGACUGUGCUAGCAGCCACUGUGACAUGCACACUGGGGAGUGUCUCCCUGAAGCCGCCACGAUCAAUCUCUGCAACAUCAGUUGUGAUGAGUGUAUCUGGCACCUGAUUGGUGACCUGAGGUUGUCCAAUAAGACGCUGGACCAGAUGAGGGUCAGUGUGUUGAACAUCUCCACUGGGGCUGCAGCCAACGACAGGCUCAAGUACUACAACUACACUGCCCAACGUCUGCAGACUCAGUUUGUGAACUGGAGGAAUAAGUCAGCUCUGAUGAGGACCCAGACAGGGCAGCUGGAGGGGGCCAGUGCUGCUCUACUCUUAGACAUCAACCAUCUGGCAGAGACGGAGAGUGCAGUGAAGUUCUUGGGGGAAAGAGUGGAUGAAGACACAAUAGAGAGUGUCACUCUGGCUGACGAGCUGACCACUAACCUCACCACCCUCAACGUGCUGAUUGAAGAGAUGAUCAGUGACUGGGAGCUGUACAGUGUCCAUCAGGACCUGGACCCAGAGAUCAUCAGACAGAAGACAGCUAUGGCCGAGGGCAUGGUGGCCUGGAUGAAGAAACUGGACCUUUCUCCACGAGAGCCCAUUGCCACCGAUGAGUCCACCGAGGCCCACGACCUCCUUAGACGCAUGCGUCAACUGGAUAAGAACCUGAUCAGUACGGACAGCCGCGUGGCCCCGGUACGGGAGGUGCUCUCCCGCUUCACCAACAAGCUCUCUGAGGCCCAGGAGAUCCUCCAGAAGGCUGCCAACACUGUCCAGGAGACUGAGGACAUGAACAAAGCCAACACCGUCAAAUUCCAGAGGAGUGAGGCCAAGCAGCAGGAGCUGAUAGAGAACUACAAAGCUGUGAAUGACACCUUGCAGAUGGCUAAAGACCUUAUAGUGGACACUGAAAAUACUGUGCCAGAGAUGGAUCUCCUUGUGCAGAACGUGACUGAGUACCACGCUGCGAUCGAUGGCGCAAGCAAGCGGCUGCAGGAGAAGACUGAGGCGCUGUCCCUGGCAGACAGAGACCUGGUCCAAAGAGCCCAGGACCGCGCAGAGGACCUCCAGAGUCAAGCGGAUGAGCUGGAGUAUAAUCUGAAACGAAGUGAUGCCAAUGGAUUUGUGCAGAAGGCUCUGGUUGCAGCCAAUGUGUACAACAACAUAGUCCAGUAUAUCGAAGAGGCCAACAUCACUGGACUGACAACAAUGGAUUUAGCAACAAGAGCUAAGGAUGCCAGCACUGGGAUCAACACCCAGCUGGGGUUUCUGAAGACCCAGAGUGACAACAUCUUCAAGGAAUCUGUUUCAUUGCGCUCUGAGCAAUUCGAGGUUGAAGCUGAGGUUCUGGACAAGAUUAAAUACAUUGAGGAGACCAAGGAGACCAUGGAGGACAACACCAAAAAACUAGCUGUAGUACUGAAAGAUAUCAAGGGAAUUGAGCCAGACAGAACCACCAAGCGUCUGGAGCUCACCAAGGAGGUUGCUGAAGGCACCCUGAACCGCUCAGUGGAGGUCCUGGAGACCAUCACCCCCAUCCACGAGAAGGUAGAGGAGUGGGCCAUCAACAUGAAGAACCAAGAUUACUCUGCUGCAGCCUUCGACCGCGCUGUAGUCUCCGCUGGGGAAGCAGUGGAGAACCUGUCUGAGCUGGUCCCUGAGCUGCUGGAUAAGCUGCGUGUGGUGGAGGAGAAGAACCCAGUGAACAAUGUGACCACGAACAUCAUGAGGAUCAGAGAGCUCAUCGCCCAGGCCAGGAGUGUGGCCAAGAAGGUCCAAGUGUCCAUGAAGUUCAACGGUCAGUCGUCGGUUCAGGUGCAGCCCCACACCAACCUGAAGGACCUGAAGACAGUGACCACCAUCAGCCUGUUCAUCAGGGUGGACCCAGAUAAGGACCCUAUCGAGGACCGCUUCAUCUUCUAUCUGGGAGACAGAAACGGUAGGAAGGACUACAUGGGUCUGGCAAUCAAGAAUGACAACCUGGUGUACGUCUACAACCUGGGAGGGGAAGAUGUCGAGAUCUCACUUGGUUCGAAGCCUGUCAGCCAAUGGCCUCCAGUCUUUAACCUCAUCAAAGUGGAGAGGCUGGGCAGACAUGGCAAAGUGUUCCUGACCGUACCCAGUCAGACAUCCACUGACGAGCAGAAAUUCAUUCAGAAGGGAGAAGCCUUUGGCACCGACUCCCUGUUCGAUCUGGACCCUGAAGACACUGUCUUCUUCAUGGGUGGCGUCCCCGCUGAUGUCAGGCUUCCACCUGCACUCAGCCUAGCUCCUUUCGUGGGCUGCAUCGAGUUGGCCUCUUUGAAUAACGAUGUCAUCAGUCUGUACAAUUUCAAACAGACCCACAAGAUGGAUGUAGUUGCUUCAACACCUUGUCCCAGGUAUAAGCUGGCAUUCUCACAAAGUCGUAUCGCCAGCUACCUGUUUGACGGAACUGGAUAUGCCCUCAUCAACAACAUGGAGAGGAGGGGUAAAUUUGGCAUUGUCACCCGGUUUGACAUUGCUGUUCGGACAGUAGCAAACAACGGCAUCCUGUUACUCAUGGUCAAUGGGGACAACGUCUUCCUGUUAGAGUUGAAGAAUGGCUUCCUACGUCUCAUGUAUGACUUUGGCUUCAGUGGAGGCCCAAUCGUCAUGGAGAGUAACUCACCCAAACUACAGAUCAAUGACGCAAGAUACCAUGAGGUGUCAGUGAUCUAUCAUUACUCCAAGAAGAUCAUUCUAUUGGUGGACAAGAGUCACGUGAAGUCCAUGGAGAACGAGAAAAAAACUCUGCCCUUCUCCGAUAUCUACAUAGGAGGAGCCCCCUCGCGCAUUCUCCUCUCCAGGCCUGAUAUGUCCUCCCUGGUGGGGCUGAAGGGGUGUGUGAAGGGCUUCCAGUUCCAGAAGAAAGACUUUAACCUCCUGGAAGAACCUGGCACUAUUGGCAUCAGCAGCGGUUGUCCUGAGGAGUCUUUUAUGUCCCGUAAAGCCUACUUCACUGGAGAGAGCUACCUGGGGUCUGCGGCAAAGAUAUCUCCUUUUGACGCCUUCGAGGGAGGCCUUAACUUCAGAACACUGCAGCCUACUGGUCUCAUGUUCUACCACAGCGAAGGGUCUGAUGAGUUUACCAUCUCCCUUGAGAAUGGAGCAGUGGUAUUGAACUCCAGAGGCACCAGGGUCAAAUCACAGAAGAAGCAGUACAAUGAUGGAGUGACCCAUUUCCUGGUAGCUUCAGUGAAUAAUGACAAAUAUGAGCUGGUGGUGGAUGACAAAGACAAGCAUGAGAAGAAACGUCCGACUACUGCCCCCUCAGCCUCCACAGUGAAGAACUUCUACUUCGGAGGCUCUCCCAGCAGCAGCAUGAAGAACUUCACUGGCUGCAUCAGCUAUGCCUACAUCAGCAGACAAGACAGAGACAUUGAGCCAGAGGACUUUCAGAAGUACACUGAGAAUGUCCAGACCUCUCUGCAAGACUGCCCUGUGAAGCGACCGCCCGCUGCCCUGCUCUCAAAGCAAAGCAAGGACUCUGCCAAACCCAAGCCGGGCCAUACAAGGAAGGUGGGCAGAGAUAAGUCCAACCUCCCACAAGGCCUGUUGGGACUGAAGAGUGAUGACCAGGAGCCAGGAGAGACAGAGGAGACGCCCUGCUACCUGUCCCCCAGGCCCCGUGCCACCCGCCACGCCUACCACUACGGGGGCACUGCCAACAGUAGGCAGGAGUUCACAGACAUCCCAGGGUCCCUCUCUGAGAGGUCUCACUUCUCCCUGUCCCUGAAGACCCAGUCCUCCUUUGGCAUAAUCUUUUAUGCAUCAGAUGAGGCGGAGGACAACUUUAUGGCUCUCUUCCUGGCCCAUGGCAAGCUGGUGUACACAUUCAACCUGGGUCAGCAGAGGGUCAAGAUCAAGAGCCUGGAGAAGUACAACGAUGGAGCAUGGCACAAUGUUAUUUUUAUCCGUGAUGGGAAUCUAGGCCGAUUAGUCAUUGAUGGGCUGACAGUGCUGGAGGACAGAGCUCAGGACUCCAACGUUUCCUGGCACGUCAGCAGCCACCUCUACUUGGGAGGGGUGCCCCCAGGGAGGGCCCAGAAGAACAUACAGAGAAACUCUGCGUACAGCUUCACUGGCUGUGUGAAGAACCUCCAGCUGAACGGCCAAUGGCUGUCCUCCGUGUCCCAGACCUUCGGGGUGACGCCGUGCUUCGAGGGACUCUCCGAGCCGGGGAUAUACUUCUCCGAAGAGGGGGGAUAUGUCGCCUUGGAUGACACGUUCAACCUGGGGCUGAAGUUUGAGCUGGUGGUAGAGGUGCGCCCCCGUGUGGCGUCAGGGGUGCUACUGCACGUGUACACAGCAGCCGAGGAGUACCUCACCAUGUAUAUCCAUCAAAAAGCGGUGGUGGUGCAGGUGAACAAUGGAGUUCGUGAGUUCUUCACUCAGGUCACUCCUAGACUAGGCCUGUGUGAUGGGAGCUGGCACAGGGUCACAGUGAUCCGAGAUGCCAAUGUUGUCCAGCUGGAUGUGGACUCAGAGGUCAAUCAUGUGGUGGGACCACUCAACCCCAGCGCCCAGAGUGCCAGGACCCCUGUGUUCAUUGGUGGAGCACCAGAAUCUCUUCUUCCAGAGGGCGUUGCGACUAGGAGGGCCUACACAGGCUGUAUGAGGAACCUGACUGUGAACGAGAGCCAAGUGAGCUUCAGCAAAGCUGCCCUGGUCAUCGGGGCCGUCAGUGUGGGCUCCUGUCCAGCUGCCUAAAGGGCCUGUCAUAACCAAUACAGUCCAGCUCUCCAGCAACAAGACUGAACAAAUUCUGCUUCAUAAGUAGUUUCCACACUGUCAAUAAAGUGUUUUAUUAAAUUGUCUAUCCUUGUCCACCAACGCAAGGUUUGUUGUUCUUUAGUCAAGAGAAUGACCCAGAAAUGUAAACCACCCUCCCAUAUGAAUUAGUCUAGUUUCACAUGAGAAAAAAUAACUGUUUUCCAAAGGUUCCCAGUGAUUUUGUUUCUUUCAAGGACUGCAACAUGUUGUGAUUAAGGACCACUGCAUUUCCAGUGCUCAUAUUAUAGCCAACUGAAGAAGGCUUGUAAAUGUAUCUUCAUUCUCUUAAUCUACAUUGACAGUACUCAUAAAUCACACUCCCACUCCAAAGGGAUGGGUUUGGGUUUGGUUGAUAGGACCCUAAAGUAUAGUUUUUGUUUAGCCAAAGAGAGUUGUGAUGUACUGUAGAAGUGCCCUCAACUCCAGUUCCAGACAAUGCUUCCACCACCCUAUUUUGUCAUCUCGAUGUAGCCACAUCUUUGUCUUCUCAAUGUUUUUAUUGUAAUUUUCAAAGAUUUACAAGUUCAUGUCAAAUAAUGGUUUAGAACAAAACAGCCAUACAAUACAUAACAUAAUACAACACAGACAAUAUACAAAAAAAGGAAUAAAAAGAAAUACAUAAAUAAAUUGGUGGUAAGGAAAUGGCAGUCACUAGAGAGGGCCACAUCCGCAUGUAACAAAAUAGUCUUCAUUGCUUUGUCACCGAGUUGUUUUUCUACCUUUUUUCUGCUGAAUAAAAUUAAUAUUCUAAAA